GCGGAAAUGCGCAACACAUUUGCGUGCCAACCGCCAUACAACUAAACGAAGAAGAAGAGGAGGAGGCUGACGAGAAGUCAUCAGGGAAUUUAUAAAAACAAACUGCAAGAUAUAUUUAAGAUCUUCGUUUAGACAGGUCUGUUUCUUCAUACCACACACAGAUCAAGAUUUGCGCCUAGUAAGCAAAUUCACAAAUAAAUACAGGAAUAAUUCCUAUUAUUUUACAAGUGAAGGAGCCACUUCAUCCAAAGUAGAAAUGACACAAAGUGAUAAAUCAACCAUGACACAUCAGUCCUGUCAAAGUAUAAUCAUAAAAGAGGAGAGAGAAGAUAUGAUUGAUACAGACCCAUGCAGAAUAAAAAUUGAAUACACACAGGAACAAACAGACCUGGUGAAAGUGGAAGAACCAUCAGCAUCAGAAACAUCACAUUACUCCAUAACGGGAGGAGAUUAUUUCUUUCAAAAAAGCACACAUGAAAAAGAAGUCAGCAAAUCUUUUACUUGUCCUCAUUGUGGAGUUGGAUUUAGUAGAAAAGCAAACCUUACGGCGCACAUAAGAACUCACACUGGAGAAAAUAUUUUCACCUGCCCUCAGUGCGACAAAAGUUUCAUAACUAAAGGAAAACUUAGAAAUCACAUAAAAAUUCACACCGGAGAGCGCCCAGCCAAAUGUCUCGAGUGUGGAAAGAGUUUUGGGAAAAAAACAAAACUUACGGAGCACAUGAGGAUUCACACUGGAGAGCGCCCAUACUCAUGUCCUCAGUGUGGAAAGAGUUUCGCACAUAAAAAUUAUCUUCGAGUCCACAUAAGGGUUCACACAGGAGAGCAACCGUAUGCUUGUCUAGAAUGUGGAAGGAGGUUCAAAAUCAAGACGAAACUUACAGAUCAUAUGAGGAUUCACAGUGGGGAGCGCCCGUACACAUGUCCUCAGUGUGGAAAGAGUUUUAAAAAGACAGAAAAUCUUGCCGAACACGUAAGAAUUCACACUGGGGAACGGCCAUAUACAUGUCUUCAGUGUGGAAAUAAGUACACUAGAAAAUGUAGUCUUAAGUUACACAUGAGAAUGCACACUGGAGAGCGUCCAUACCCGUGUCUUCAGUGUGGAAAGAGUUACACUCGAAAAUUCAGUCUUGAAUAUCACAUGAGAACAUGUCUGCAUGUCUCGAGUACAACAAUCCAUCAUUGACUCAACUAGUCAUACUAGGUUGUUAAAGACAUUUUAAGAAUGUUUUUUUUUACUUUAUUUUUAUACGUUUGUAUUGGGAGUCCAAGCAAGUCCAGAAAUGUAUAAAAGUGCUUAUAACUUUAAAUUUUUUUGCCUUAUUGACAUGUGUUUGCUCAAAUCUGUCAUAGUUAUCUAUAAUUUCAUUUUGAGUUGCAUUGAAAAACAGUUUUUUACAUUCUUGGGUCGUAUGUCUAAUUUAUGAAAGAUUUUGUGUGCUUAUUUAAUGUUAUUAAUAUAUUGAAUUGCACAUUACUGAUUUCCUCCAAAAAAUAUUAAACUAUUGAUCAGAAGUUAUAUAAAAUAUAAUGCACCUUUACACCAGAAGAUAUUCUUGAUAUGGUUUGUGAAUUUAUUAUUAUAAAAUCAUCAACAGUCUUUACCACAAUAAUCACUAAAUUAAAUUAUUAACCCUCUUACAAAAAUCUCAGUGGUUUUACUACAAAUUAAAUAAUAUAAAACAUUUUUCCAGAUUUUGUGUCCUGGAAAAACUGGAAAAUUAAUGGCUAAUGUUUUUGGAGGUGAAAUGAAGACAGCGAGUAAAUGUUUAUUGGAUGUUUACUGGUACUGUGUUUACAGACGUUUUUGCAAAAAAAAGUUUUUAAUACGUUAACAAGCAGGAACAUUUCACUUUAAUUUCCACAUAAUGAAAUUUAUAAUGUCCUGGAAAAGUUUGUAGUACCAUUUUUGUGUAAUGUUUGAUGUUGUUUUGACCCAUCACAGUUUUUGUUUAUUUAUUAUUUUAUAUUUAAUUUUUAAUAAACUGUACAUUUUGUUAUUGCUAUGUACAUGUGUGAUGUAAGAAA